UCAAUGAGCAUGGAGAGGAGAGUUCUACUCAAGGCUUUUGGCGCUGAACUUGUGCUCACGGAUGCCGCAAAAGGGAUGAAAGGGGCCCUAGAUAAAGCUACAGAGAUAUUAAAUAAGACACCCAAUUCAUACAUGCUUGAGCAGUUUGACAACCCUGCCAACCCAAAGGUACAUUAUGAGACUACUGGGCCAGAAAUCUGGGAGGAUUCAAAAGGGAAGGUAGAUAUAUUCAUUGGUGGAAUUGGAACAGGCGGAACAAUAUCUGGUGCUGGUCGUUUCCUGAAGGAGAAAAAUCCCGAUGUCAAGGUUAUUGGUGUUGAACCUACUGAAAGUAACAUACUCUCUGGUGGUAAACCUGGCCCACAUAAGAUUCAAGGCAUUGGAGCAGGAUUUGUUCCUAGGAAUUUGGACAGUGAUGUUCUCAAUGAAGUAAUUGAGAUAUCAAGCGAUGAGGCUGUUGAGACAGCAAAGCAGUUGGCUCUUCAGGAAGGAUUGCUGGUCGGGAUCUCGUCUGGGGCAGCCGCGGCCGCUGCCAUAAAGGUCGCCCAGAGACCCGAGAACGCGGGGAAGCUGAUAGUGGUGGUGUUCCCGAGCUUCGGCGAGAGGUACCUGUCGUCGGUGCUGUUCCAGUCCAUCAGAGAAGAGUGCGAGAAGAUGGAGGCCGAGGCGUGAGGACCAUUUCCACGCCUGGCGAAGAAGCUUUUUCUGCUCCGUCUUCUUUGUCAAACCGAAUAAGAAUAAGGCGGCAUACAUGGAAACGAACGCUUGACCUACGCCCGUCGCUCACAUUUUGUUGGUAUUGAUUGAUAUGAUGAUGAUACGCAUGGUUGUAAGGAAACAAUUACGUCACUUUUUUGGAUGAGCAACGCUCACUCACUCGCUCAAAGCAGAAAUCAGGCAGCCUGUAUACACUGAAAUUUGAAAUGCUUGUGUUUGGUGUUUUUUC